GAAAAAAGUAAAAUCACGUGUACUACUUCACUCAAAGCCGUCAGAUGUCGCUAGUGUUGCUCCCUAAAGUCAUGGCGGAUCUUCCUCAUUAGAUUUUACAGAUUUGCCAUAAUUCGUGGGUAGAUUUAUUAUUACCGGCGUCGAAAUAAUUAUAGCUAGUUUUGUUCACACAGUGGGAGGCAAGCGACACGUUAUUAUCGACACAAUUGAAGGCCGGAAGCUAUCGAAUCGGAAAAAACUUCCCACUCGACGAUCGUCUCGAAUUUCGGCGUACUCAAGAUAAAUAGAAUCACUCGAUUUCGACGUCGCACCAUACUCUAAUUAAUUUACUACGCCUACUAUGACGCAAUAGUCGCCCGCCACGCCGGACGCCAUCGGAUUUAACGGUCGAAAUACAGGGUAUAGAGGCGGACAUGAACGAGGGCGCGCCGAUGAUGUAUCACGGGAGCGGGGCGUUCGGGGGGCCGGGGCAGAUGUUCAUGAUGGGCGGGCAGGAGCGCGCCCCGCGCCACUACCCGCUGGACGGGCUGCAGAGCCUGGGCGCGGGCUCGCCGGCCGCCCACGCCACGCCGCGCCGCUGGCAGCCUCGCCGCGACCGCCACCCCAGCGCCAAGGCCGCGGGGGACAACACAGCCUUUGGCUAUGACUCGGAUGACUCCAGCCUCUCCAGCAAUGCCUCUGGCUCCAACAAGUCCGGAGAGAAAGGUGAGGAGUCGUCCCGCAGCUCGGAGCGCGCGGCGGGCUCGCAGUUCGGCGCGUACGGGCAGGUGCGCGAGUGGCGCGGGCGCCGCGGCCGGGACGCGCGGCCGCAGCGUCGCAUCGCGCCCGAGCGCUACCUCAACGGCUCCUACCCCUUCCAGGUCAAGUUCACGCCCGACGACUUGCUCAAUGGUUCAAAAUGGGACACAUUGUCUCAAGAGAUUUGGGACAAGUUCAUAAAGUCACAACAAACAGAAGAAACCUUCAGAAAGAAAAUGAACCUUUGGAGAUAUCUCUUCAUCACAAUCAAGACGAUAUUCCCUCGGUACGGGCUGUACGUGGUGGGGUCGACGAUGUCGGGCUUCGGGCUGGACUCGUCCGACAUGGACCUGUGCCUGUACGUGCGGCCCAUGGACGAGCCCGACCCACGCUCCAAUGCGCUGCUGCACCUCAACUACAUACUCAGCUAUAUACGCAGCUUCGAUCCCAAUGCCGAGCUGAUACAGGCGAAGGUCCCGAUCCUGAAGUUCCGCGACUCGCGUAACGGCCUGCAAGUGGACCUCAACUGCAACAAUGUCGUCGGCAUCCGGAAUACUAACCUGCUACACUGUUACUCAAGACUGGACUGGCGCGUGCGGCCGCUGGUGGCGCUGACCAAGCUGUGGGCGCAGGCGCACGACAUCAACGACGCGCGCCACCGCACGCUGUCCUCCUACUCCCUCACCCUCAUGGUCAUCCACUUCCUGCAGUGCGGCACGCAGCCCGCGAUACUGCCGCGCGCGAGCGAGGCGAGCGAGGCGCGGCGCCAGCACAACCGCACGACGCUGGCGGAGCUGUUCCUGCACAUGCUGCGCUACUACGCGGACUUCCCGUACGACAAGAUGGCGGUGUCGGUGCGGGCGGGGGCCCGGGUGCCGGUGGCGGCCUGCCGGGCGGCGCGGGCCCACAAGAACGACCCGCACCAGUGGAAGCUGCUGUGCGUGGAGGAGCCCUUCGACCUCACCAACACGGCGCGGUCGGUGUACGACCCCGACUCCUUCGACAAGAUCGUCAGCACGUUCCGCGAGUCGGCCGCGCGGCUGGCGGCCGGCCUGCGCCUGGCCGACGCCUGGCCGCAGCGAUGAUACCGGCCGCCGGCGCCUAGACCUACUGCCUACUAUAAAUGUGCCACUAUGAAAAUUAUAUGUUUACAUUCCAUAGUGCCAUGUUGUAUUUAUUAGUUAUUUUCGCUUCGUUUUGAGGUGGACUUUUUAUUGAAACGACCGUUGUAUCGCUGCUUAUGUCGAAGUGCCGCUCAGCCAGCACGGCCGGACUCCGGCGGCCCAGUGCUCUGCAGCCGAACGUGACGCCCAGCCCUACACAAUGUACAAAAGCCAACAUGCAGCUUUUGACAUUUUCAUUUGCUUAUUCAUUGAUCUCAAUUACUUAAAGUUCUGUUUUAUUAUGUUAUAGUGCAAGCUAGUGUUAUUAUUUCUUUAGCCACUUUGUAAUAGCCUUCUAUUGUAAGCCCAGUGCUCAAUUCGGACCAAAGUUAAGUGAAAAUAGAUUUAUUAUAAACUUGUACUCACAUGUAAAUGUAUUUGUUGUUACAAUACAAAUUGCACCUCAAAACUAAUGUUGGACGAAGGAAGAGCGCUGAGCGAGGCCGCCGCGACGCUGUGACGCCAGCUCGGCGGCCGCGGCGUCGCGGCGGCGGCCGGCGCCACACAAAUUAGCAGUAGCCAGGCAUCGCCGACAAGACUGAGCCUAGACUCUAGUACCCGUGUAGUAGUCAUGUUCACUAGUCGAUAGUCCUUCAGUUCUGUUACACGAUACGAGCGUCGCAAUACAAGUCAUUACGCUGCCUCGACAAAAAGGCGUCCUAUUCGUUUUUAAAUAUUUAUUAUUGUUUAUUUAUAAGUUAUUUAAUACAUGUAAAUAGUAAGAAAUAAAAAAAUACAUAAAUAUUCAUUUUAGGGUCGUGUAUGGUUUUUAUGUAAAUAGUAUUUUUGUGAUGAGGAAAGAGUAAAUGACAAAAAAAUAUAUAUUAUAUAGAGUAAUAUAACGAUAUGCAUGCUUUGCGUGGAGGGAGCCAGGACCCGGCCACGCGACGCAUAUGUGGGAGAGCGUGCGAUGGGAGAAGACAAAUUCCCUGUGAUAAUAUACGAAACUAAAUUAUAUUGUGAAUGUGUACAGUGUUUGAUGUUGAAGUAAUCGUUUAAAGGUGCUACUAUUAGAUGUUACGCUCCGAGGCGACGGUUGCAGCUCAAUGCCGCGGCUGCGCGGACCCCGCUCGGCAGUCCGCCGCAGCGGAGCUCGCGCAGCCACAUCGAUUCGUUUGCAAGUUCAGACGAACGCGUAAAACUUAAAUAAUGGUGCUAUAAGAUUGUGUUGCCUUAUAUUUGGCGCUGGGCUAUGCUUUAUAUACGAUGUGAUGAUACAGUUGCUAGAUACCAUAAGAUUAUUGAAGGCUUUCCUAAGAGGACACAGAAGUUUUAUACGAUAUAUUUACACAUUGUUUGCUUUUGACUUGUAAUAUAAGGAGUGUCAAAUAUAAAGAUCGUUCGACUGAAAUAAUAACACACAUACGUCCAACGAAUAUUUCCAAGUCUUGUCAAAUUACUGCUAUAUGCCUUCUAUAAUCUUUCAUGCCACAUAGUCUUAUAAUAAUUAUUUACAUGUUGUUAGACAUGUUAACUUAUCUCAAAUUGAGAAACGCUUGAAAACUAUUCUUUGUUAUGUAUGUAUAAUGUUAAAUAUAAAGAUAUCUAGCAUUACGACUAGAUUGCGUCAAAAUUGUUUUUACCAUUUCACUAUUGUCAUUUUUCACGCGUAAAAUGAAUAGAAAUGAGUAAAAUUGUAUUUUGAUGCUUUCUUGUUGAUAAAAGUUGUACGCGAUUAGCAGAAUUCCUAUUAUAAUAUGUGAGGAUACUAACAAUGCAUAUCUUUAAAGUAAUACAAAAGAUUGUAUAAAAUAUAACUUACACACUUAGGAAUUCUGUCCCUCUGAGGGGUGCGACGUCGCCAGAUCACAUUGAUGAACUGAACAUACUUUAUUAUUAUGAAAUUCACUUUUUUUAUUUAUGUGGGCCACAGUUUUACAGCCUUUUAUUUUACGCAUGAACUCGAAUCGAAAUUCUGUUGUUUAUUAAAGUACAUAUAUUUCUACAUUUUUGAAAAAUAAUUUUAGUCGAAUAAAUUAGUCGUUAGAUCACAUGUUAGCUUAUUGUUCUGGUUAAGAUUCGGCAUCUACCGAUAUGUUUUCAUCGAUGCCUCGUAAUAAUUGUUUCGUUAUGUUUACAAUAGCUAGCUCCUAGAAUUAAAUCUAGACUAGAAAUUGUUAAGUUUUGUUUUUUAAUUUUAUUUAAUUGUAAAUUUUCACCAUCAGGACGUUGUCCCUCAUAGCCCGAAGCACUCACAAUUUGAUGUAUUACUAAACACCUGGCAUUUUAUAUCGCGUUACGUAUAAGUUUUAUAAAGAUUUUACAUAAGAGGCACUUGGCCGAGCUGAAUAAUUAAAGUACAAUAAAUAAUUUUUAAAAACAAGUUAUAUAUAAGAAAACUGAUUAGAGUUAUAAAUAAAAGUGUCUCUCAAAACAGUUUAAUUUUUUGAAAAGUUAUAAAAAAAUUCGACACUCAAUUGAAAGAACAAAAAAAAUAUAAAAUUGAACUCCCAAAAAAAUAAAACCAAAAAAAAAACAAAAAAAUACAAAAAAUUAUAAAAAAACGAAAAAAAAAUAUAAAAAAGUGUAAAAUUCUGAGAAAAAAUUAUUUUUAUUUGACAAUUUAAAUUUAUCGCAUGUUUAGUUGGCUUCCACCUGCCUCUUAUAACUGUUUUUAAACAUGUUUAAAUCAAUGUUUAUGUAUGAUUAUUUUUAUGCAUUUCUCUCAAAUAUUUCUAGAACAUUACCUUUGGAGUUGUUUUGAAAAAAAACUAACUUCCGAAGAUACUAAUAGUUUACCCCAAUUAUUUAUUUCGAAGCAGUAAAGUAAUAAACAAUUGGCCACUAAAUCUGAUGUAAGCUGUAAAUAAAAAUGAAUCAUUUCAUAAUUCCAAUAAUUGCGCAAGAGUUUAAGUUCCCUUUCGUAGCCUUCACGCCAGGCAACUCUUGUGUAAAAUGGUGACAGACUGAUAAAUUAUGGAAUCAGGCGUUACUUUGCAGAAAUCCAUAACUUAAAAUGUUAAGAAAUAUGUGUAGCGUUCAUUCCGUUAGAUAACUUUGCGGAUUCUCGCGGAGUUAACGCUAUAUAUUUUUUUUUACAUUUUAUGGUUACAGGCUGUUCAAUCUCUUAGUUACACAUUGUGGAUUUUGUGAGUUAUGCCAAUUGGAAUUUAAUGGCAAAUAACCAUUAAUCUACCUCUUUAAUAACUCUUGGCUGUAGAAACUCGCUAGGUAGAAUCAACACCUACAUAUGUAACACUACAAGAAUCAGAAUUAUGUUAAUCCAACUUAGUAUAUUUUCCUAAAGAUUUAUUGAAACCUACGUUAAAUAGUCUGAUACAAACUAACUAAAAAACCUUAACUUUCCGGAUUAUACGCAGGUUUCAGUCAUUUCUUUAGACAUGUAACUUUAUGCCGACUGGUAGUUGUUCGGCACUGCAUUGUCGGCGCGACGGUCAGCGUCACCACACACUAUUGUUAUACUACGGGCUAUAUUUGGACUAUUGUAAACAUCACUGCCAUGUUCACGUCCUAUAUUUGUAAAGAUUGGCAGUUCCAUAUUUAUUGAUUGAAUAGAUAAUAAUGUUGUUCAUUUAUAAGGUGUUAUUUGAUCUUGAUCUCCUUGGCAGUAUUUCCAAUCUAAAUUCUCGCUUAGCCCUAGAUCCGUUGAAUUUGUUACAAAAUUUAAGUUAACUGUAUAUCUUACAUGUACUUAAUUCUUUUCAAUUGUAUUUGUGGUUCAAAGGAAUAAAAUGCAAAUUGAUCGUCCUGAAUUUACAAUCACUUGUUUCCAUUAGUUAAAAUAUAUGUAUUGAUGAUAUAAAGUAGUAUACUAUUGUAAUUAUCUGUAUAGUGUGACCAUGUAAUAUAUUUUCGUCUCUUAAUGGCCUCUUUUUUGUAAAGAUAUAUAUUUUGUCGCGUUUUUGACAACUUUAGCCUUGUGUUGCAUUUUAUUUUUAUUGAACACAAGCAAGAUUUUUAUCUCCAUAUUGUACAAAGAAAUUAUUGUAAAGAAAUAUUCUGUAAUAGUUAAAUAUAUACAACUGCCAAA